AUGUAUAAAAAUUGGACAUUAAAUAAUAAUAAAAUUUCUAUUUUUGAAUUAGAAUAAGGAAUCUUCAAAACAUUUUAAGGUACAAUUAUAAAUGUAACUGAUAUCAAUGGAAAUCUAUAAACCUUCAGUAAUUUAUUGUAUCUUAAAGAAUAUGACUCAAUUGUGUAGGAAUUACCUUUAGUAUCAGAUAUUUUAUAAGAUUAUCGGACUUACUUUGUUUAAAAUUAAAGUAAUAUCACCCAAGUUUAUAAAUUUAAUAGUUCAAGCAUCAUGCUUUAAUUAAUUUAAGGUGAUUAAGAGAGAUAUUUUUUGAUUAGAGAUGAAGUUGGUUACUCAUAUUUAGAUUAUAUUUCAAAUUAUAAAUUUUUCAUAGACUCUAACCUUAACUUAGAUAGAUAUUAUGGAUUUGUUUGGAGAGAUGCCAAACAGUAAAAAUAUUUAGUAUUUGAAAGCUCACAGAAAAUAGCUAUUUACGACUUUAAUGGAAAUUUAAUAAAAUCAUCCGAUGAAAUAAAGCAAGAUGGAGGUUGUUUUUAAUAUGUAGAUGAUAAUAUAGGAAUUUUUACUGACUACAAAUCAGUUAAUAUAGUAGAUCUAUUAAAUUUUAAUGCUCUAUUUUCAUGUAACUUUACUAAUGCAUAAUUUACUAAACCUUUAACAUGGCUUGGAAGAGAUUAACAACUAAAAAUUGAGAUUCUUUAUAAUUUUUACUAAAUAGUGUUUGUCAACUAUUAAUAACAAUCUUGCAAUAUUUUUAAUUUACCUGUAUAAUAGUAUAAACCAACAUUAUUUAUGGAUUCAGAUCAUAAAUUGUUGAUUAUAGAGUAUGAAUACUAAUCAAAUAUUUUAAUUUUCUAAUAUCCAAGUAUGACUAUUUAAUAUAAUUUCAAUAGAUAAGGUUCUGUAGAUAACUUCCUAAAUUUUAAAACUAUUUAAAUGUAUUAUAGUAAAAGUUUGUCUAAUUUUUAUUAUACUUUUAAUGAUCAAUUAUCUGACAAUACUUCCUUACUCUAAAAAAUAAAAAUGAUUGAUAUAAGCCAAGUAAAUUACAUACAUGAAUUUAAAAAUAAAUUGAGCUUCUACACAAUAGAUAAUGAAAAUUUGUAUAUCAUAAAUCAAAACAUUAAAACUUUAAAUGUUAUCAGUUUACAAAAUCAUUAAAUAGUGAAUUAUUAAAAACUAAGAAGUAGUGCUAAAAUUGAUGAUGUAGAUAUAUUUUAGUUGGCUUCAAUAAAUAAUAACUAACUAAUAGCCAUAAGCUAUGACAUUUAUUAUAUAAUUGAAAAAAGUAAUUUACUAAUAGGAUAAACUUAAUAAAUGUAAAAUAAUUAAAUUAUAUUAACAUAUAAUAGUUAAUAUGUAUUCACAGUAAAAUUAAAUGAUUAAAAUAUCUAUGAAUUAAAUAUUUUCAACUCUAAGACUUUAGCCUUUUAAACCAUAUUAAGUUUAAAUAUUCAAGGACCUGAUUAUAUAGAAGCAAAAGUAAUCGAAAUAAACCCUUAAUUUAUUGGAUUUAGAAUAGAUUCUUUACAAGACAUAGGUUAGUAAUACCUUUUGUUUGAUUUAAUAAACUUGGAAAUUAUUAGUCAGAUAUCAAUGAAUGGGAUCAAAAGUUUAAUUUCCUGUUACAACGAUGAUUCAGUUUUAGUAAUAGUAAGAUCUGUUAACCAAAAUUAUUAAAUAGAAGUUUUUAAGAUAGUAUAUGUUAAUACAAAUUAUUAGAUAUAUACUAUAUAGAAAAUUGUCUGCACUUAAUCUUGCUUUGUUGAUUCUUUAUUUUAAGAAAAUAACUAAUAUUUUAUCAUUCUUAAUAGUGGAGAAUCGCUUUCCUAUUUAUUUAAUUUAUCAUAGAUUUAGUAGUUCAAUACGUAAAGCAUUGAUCCUUUAAAGUAAUGGGUGAGACCUUGCUAAAAUAGCAAAGUGGUUCUUGAUAAUUAGUACAUAUACAUGAUGUGUCCCUUUAAAUCUAAUAUUUAUAGCCUAAUUUCUUUAAGAUAUAUAAAUGAAAUCAAAUCAAAUGCAUUUACAGACUCUCAAAUAGAUAGCAUUCAUAAUUUUGAUAAAAACUUUUUUUUAGUUUUGUAUAACAAUAAAAUAGAGCUGUAUGAAAUACAAAAAUUUUAUAAAAAGCUUAUUAAAACUAUUGAUUAGAUUAUUAAUCCAAUAUUAAUAUCUCCACCUAAAUCUGUCAUAAAUAUAUCAGACAACUAAACUCGCUAAAUUAGCUUACAAAUACUUUCAGAUUAUAUGAUCUUUAAGUAUUCGAUUACAUACACCUCGUUUUAAUUUAUGCCGAAACAUUAUAAAAUACAAUCUAUAGAUUUUGUUUAGAUAGUAAUUAACUAAAUCGAGGAUUUUCAAUAAAUUUGUGCUAUUUAAACAGAAUAAAAUGGUUAAAAUUUGAGGUACUAGCUUUUCUUCAAUACAUCAAAGAUACUAAACCCAUUCCCAAUAUGCAAUAAUAAUUUUUUUAGCAGGAAUAAUGUGAUAGAAUAUACUUCAUCCGUCAGCUCUCUAAAUCUAAUAUCUAAAAGCGCUGCAUUAAAACUCUUAUAGUUUUAAAAUGUGAGCUUUUAGUCUGAUUCACAUUAUAACUGCUUACAGCCUUUGAUUUAUUUAGACACUCACUAAAAAGUGAGUCUUUUUAAUAUAUAAGUAGAUUUAAUAAGUGUUGAGCCUUAGACAAAUAUAAUCUAAAUUUUGUUAGCAAAUUAAGUCUUAUUUAACUAAUUAGUUUUCAAUUUUGAAGAGAGACAAUUAAGUGAAAAUACAUUCAGAAUGGUUUAACAAAAAACUCCACUUUAUAUUAUUUAAUUUUAAGGUACUAAACAAGUUAUUAUAGAUAGCUUGAUAAUUCAUAACUCCAAAUAAAUCGGAGUGCUUCAAGCUACUUCUUUAUAAUAAGACUAUGUCAUUUGGGAAAAUUUAUAAAUUAUUUUAGAUAAAAUAACUCUCAAGAACUCAAAUUAAGUUGAUACACCCUAUCUAUUUAAUAUAGAGUGCCUGAAUGUUACUUUGAUUAACAAUUAUAUAUCUAACAUAAAUGUUUUGAAUGAUAUUUAUAAUAUACAGUCAUCUAAUAUGAUAGAAGUUGAUAGCUCUAUCUUUUAAAAUAUUUAAAUAGGAAAAUCUUCAGUCAUUCAUAUAAUCAAUAAUUCAAAUAGAAAUAAAAACAUUUUAUUUUACAAUACAAGUUUUAUUGGUGUUAACUCAAUACAAACUACUUCUUCGAUAAAGGUUGAAAGUUUAUAUAAUUCAGCUUAGAAAGUUUAAGGAUUGUUGAAUAUAACAAAUUGUACAUUUGAAAGUAAUAUUAAUAAUGGAUAAAAGAAUAUUGAUUAUUUUAUUUAGAGCAGUUUUGGAGGAUCUAUUUAUGUAAAUAACUUUGAAUAAGUUUUAAUAAAUGAUUCUGUAUUCAAUAAUAAUACAUGCUUUACUAGUGGAGGAGCUAUUUUAUUCUAUUCUAUAGAUAAAAUUUCAAUUAAUAAUUCUAAUUUUAUUAAUUGCAAAUCGCUAUAUUCUUCUGGAGGAGCUAUUUUUAUAGACAACACGAAUAAUUAAUAUUUAUCAUCAGAAUAUAAUUGCAUACUGAAUAGGAAUAGAUUUCAUGAAAAUAGUGCAAUCUAAGAAAAAGGAGGAGCUCUUUUUAUAAAAAAAACUAACCUCGUAUUGUAAAUGAAUACUAUUUUAAAUAACUUAGCUGUUAUAGGUGGAGCUAUUUAUAUAGAUCCAAAAUACACUUCAGAAAUCAAAAAAUCAUAUAACACAUUUACUAAUAAUUAAGGCUUGCUUUAUGGUAACAACAUUGGGUAAGACCCUUUAGACAUUAAGUUUGUAGAUAAAAGUGGAAUCCCUUUAAAUCAAAAUCUAUUUGUUUUAGAUUAAUUUUAAAGUGGAAACUACACAAAAAAAGGAGUUUAUUUACAGUUUUUUGAUAAAGAAAACAAAAUUUUUAAAUUCUAAGAUAUUAGAAAUGAAACAUUAUCUGAGAAUAUUCAGUUAGAGCUCAAAAAUUAUACUUUAGAGGUUUCUAGUUUAGAUUCGAAAGACAAUAUAUCUAUUUUAAAUGGUACUUUAUUAGAACUGGAGUAAAGUGAGAUAGAUUUAUUUAAACUCAAUAUCACAGCUGCUUAUAAAAAUUAGAAUACAUCUAUUCUCACAAUUAAAGCUCCUUAAUUUUAAAAUAUAAGCAUACAAUUUAAAAUUGAGUUUAGAAGCUGCUAAAUUGGUGAAAUUAAAAUCACAAGAAACUCUUAUGUUAUGUGUGAAGAAUGUGGACCUACAACUUAUUCUUUGGUUGAUCCUGAUACGUAAUAAGGUUAAGUUUAAUGUAAAUUGUGCCCAGAAGAAGCUCUAGCCUAAUAUUGUUAUGGUAGCCAUCUUAAACUAAGAGAUGGAUUUUGGAGAAGUUCUGUUUUAUCAGAUAAUAUUUACACAUGUAAAUCUGAUGGCUGUAGUGAAACUAAAUAAAAUAUAAAUUUUUGCUUACAAGGGUAUACAGGUCCUUUAUGCGAGAGUUGCGAUAAUACAGGUAAUAUUUGGCAAAUGUAAUAUGGAAAAAAAGAGGAUAAGUGCUUGAUUUGUUCUGACAUAAAUUCUGUUUUUUAUAACCUUGCAAUUAUUUUAUUCGUAUACUUUUUUUAUGCUUAGAUGAGUAUAAAAUCAUAAAUUACAAGCAAAUAGAGAGUAAUUCGUUUAAAGUAUUUAUGUAAAUUAAGGAUGGUUUACCUAAAUAAAUCUAUUGAGUCUAGUAAAGAUAGCUCUAUUUUAGUUAAAAUAUUUUUAAGUUAUAUAUAAAUAUUCUCUUCUUGUGUUACAGUGUUUUCAAAUUCAAUUAGUGAAUUAUAGACUGUUUUGAAUGUAGGAGGAGAUCCUUCACAAGUCACUGCUAAGAGUUAUGAUUGUAUUACUAAAAUGUCUUAAUAUUAUCCAGUGUGGUUAAAUAGAUUAAUUUUUUAGUUAUUACAAAUUUUUUGGAUAUUACUUGGAAUUUUAAUGAUUUAAAAAAUAAUAGCAAAAAGAAAGAAAAGAAAAUUUUACAGUUAAAUUUAUUGUAUUUUCAUUUACCUCUUUUUCUUUCCUUCUUUAUCAAAAAUGCUAAUAUCUUUGAUCCUUUGCUAAAAGAUUGAGGGAAAAUUAUAUCUUUUAAAUGAUUACUAAUAGGAAUGCUUUACUAAAGUACAUUUAGUGUAUAGCUUUUGCAUUAUAUAUCCAAUUACUAUUUGUUGGGCUUUUGUGAUACCUUUUUUCCUCUAUAAAAAAAUGUCCCAGCAUUAAAAGUAAAAAUAAACUCAAAAAAUUAACUACAUUCUUUCAUAUUAUUUUGUACAGUAGGGUUAUAAGUCAAAAUAUUUUUAUUGGGAAAUAGUUAGAAUGCUUUACAAGCUUACAAUUAUGGUAUUGAUUAAUAUUUUGAGUUAAGAAAUUAGAAGUUUACUAAUAGCUUUAGUUUGCCUAUUUUACUAUAUAUUAGUCUAAAGCAAGUAGCCUUUUCAUUCAAUAGUUUAUAUAAAUAUAGAAAAAAAGCUUACUCUUAUUUUAGUCUACUCUUUAGUUUUGCAAGAUUGUGCAUUAAUAAACGGUUAUGGAAAAGAAUUUUAUUAUUUAGCAAUAACAGUUAUACUAUUAAUUAAUCUUUAUGGCUUGCUAAUUGUCUCUAAACUAUAUUUAGAAAUACAAAGAGCUAACUUAAGCAGAUUUUAAAACAAUACAAUAAUCAAGAAAAUUUUUGAAUUAAAAUUUUUCAAAAAAUUUAAACCCUCUUUUGUGAAUUUGCUUAGAAUAAGUAGUCUUUGGAAACUGAUUCAUCAAAAAUUAAUAAAAGAUAAAAAAUAAAUAUGUAGUAAUACCAUAAUAUAAAGUAUAAAAAUUGAAGAAAAUUUAAAAUCUCAGUAACCAAUUAAAGUUUAAAGCUGCGUUUCAUCUGAUUUAAAUACAGUAAGGACUUAGGGUGUUCUUUUAACUAUAUAGUAAGCAUUAGAAAAUAAUUUAGAAUCACAAUAAAUUGGUGAAGACUAGGUAAUUCGAUUCCCAUCUUCAUCAUUUAGUUUUAGUUGA